AUGGAGGUGGUGCAACUCUACGUCUAUGACCUGACUCGAGGCAUGGCAAGAAUGCUCUCGCAGCAGUAUCUGGGCAUACAAAUCGAUGCUGUCUACCACACAUCCCUGGUCUUCAACAACGUGGAGUACUUCUAUGGCGCCGGCGUGCAGACUUGCUACCCAGGCAGGACACACCACGGACAACCCAUGGAGAUUAUACCAAUGGGCACCACAGAAGUACCGAUCGAGACCAUACUGGAAUUCUUAGAGAGCUUGAAGGAGAUAUACACGCCAGAAAGCUAUGAUCUGUUCGCUCACAAUUGUAACAAUUUUACGAAUGACUUCGCCACUUUUUUGGUUGGGAAGGGCAUACCGGACCAUAUCACAAGCUUGCCGAAGAAGGUGCUCGAUACACCCUUUGGUCAGAUGCUGAGACCACAGCUCGAUGCAAGCAUGCGAUCGGUUACUCAGGCCGAAGUGCCUCAACAGAGUAGGCCGGCUGCGCAGACUGCCAGGGCUGUUUCAAAAGCGCCUGUCACAAAUGGCUCUGUCUUGCACACCAACGGCGGCAAGCACGCCACGACCAAUUUAAAUGGGAAAGUGGUCAACCUCACAAGCCCGGAGGCGUUGCGAGAAAGGAUGGCGGCGGCCUCCGAUACUUGCACAACCAUCUUCUUCACAUCGGCGACAUGUGCGCCUUGUCGAAUGGCCUAUCCAAUGUUCGACAGCCUAGCUGAGGAACACCCCCAAGCACUGUUCGUCAAGGUGGACAUAAGCGCGGCGCAUGAGAUCGCUUCAAAGUACUCGAUACGAGCCACGCCAACCUUCAUGACAUUCUGCAAAGGAGCCAAGCAAGAUGAAUGGACUGGUGCCGACCCCAACCUGUUGAAAUCAAACGUGGAACGUCUCAUACAGCAGACCUUCCCACCACAUCGCCAUCUCACACUCAACGCGCCUACGCUACAGUACGGCUCCAUGAAACCAGUCACUUACGCCAAAGUCCCUCCUCUCGACAAGCUGACAAGCAAGCUCGGUCCCGCUGCAUCGGAGAAGGAAAUCGUCGCCCUCCGCACAUUCGUAGAGAAGCGCACAGAAGACCCAAGGAACGCUCCUCUCCCAGACCUCCAAACCAUAUCGAAAACAUUCCGAUCCCUAGUCUUCAAGCUCCCCCUCGAACUGCGCUUCGCCGCCGUAGACCUCCUUCGCUGCGCCAUGAUCGACGCCCGAGUGAGCGGCUUCCUCGCCGAGGAACACCAGCACCCAAAGACAGCAUCAGCCCUCAUCACCCACGUCAACAAUCUCGAAGGGUGUCCCCACAACCUGCGUCUAGUUACAAUCCACCUCGCCUGCAAUACCUUCUCCUCCUCACUCCACGCGCAGGAACUCUUCAACUCCGACGACGACUCAAUAGCACUCCUCAUCCAGCUCAUCACAUCAUCACUCCUCGACGCAACGCAUCCUACGACAAGUGUAGCAGCUGCGUCGUUGGCGUUCAAUCUGGCGACUGCAAACUACCGGGUGCGGAGGGAGGAAGGACAGGAUGCUUUGGCCGAGAGUGAGCAAGUUGAGCUUGCAGCUUCAAUUCUGGAAACUCUCACGGACGAGAAUAAUGUUGAUGCUCAGAAAGCGCUUUUGCUGGCUUUUGCAUAUCUUGUCUACUGUGCUCCGGAAGAUGGCGAGCUUUUCGACUUGUGCAGAGCGCUGGAUGCAAAGACGAAGGUCUUGGAGUGCAAGGCGCAUGGAUCUAUCGCGAAGGAGGUUGCAUCACUGCUGUAG